AUGACAGGGGCUGUUUAUAAACAAAUUUUAGCAAAAAAUUUGAGACAGUUAGCUAAUGAAAUAGAUAUUGUUGAAUCAUUUAUUUUUAUGCAUGAUAAAGAUCCAAAAUACACUUUAGGAGUUGUUAAAGACUGGAUUGAUGCAAAAGAAAUUGAUAUCUUACUUUUGUUAUCUCAAAACUCGGAUUUAAAUCCUAUUGAGUAUAUAUAG